AUGGAGACCAUAGCGCAUUUCGUACGCCAGCAGGUACGACGUCACCCCCAUAGCAAGGUCGUGGUAUAUUGUCAAACUGUGCCGCAGACCAAGGCGUUGGCGGCGUUGUUGGCAUAUGACGCAUACCACCACCACGCUGCUGACAAGGACAUCAAGAUGGGAGCGUUUCAGUCCGGCGCGACAUCGUUGAUCGUCAGCACCAGUGCAUUUGGCAUAGGGGUGGACAUCCGCGAUAUUCGCGUGAUCAUUCACAUGGACGAACCGCGGUUAUUAUUGGAUUACGGGCAAGAAAGUAGUCGAGCCGGACGGGACGGGUAG